AUGAAGACAGACACUGGAAGGAUGGAGGAGGGCAACUGUGAAGAUCUACAGAACUAUGUUUGUGAAAAGCCAGCCUCAAUAAGUAAGUAAAAAUCUUGUUAGAAUAUAAUUGGAUAUGUUCGGAUUUUAUUUAGGUCCGAGGGAGUUUCUCUUACAAAGGGAAUGGGAUUCUCGAUAGUCUCGUUUAAGAGUGUACGGUGGAGCCUGUAUUAAGCGGCAGCGUAUUAAGCGGUCACCCUCUAUUAUGCGGUCAGUUUUCAAACUCCCGAAAAUUACUUCCCUUGAUGUACUGUAAUUUCCACCUCUAUUAAGCGGUCACGGUCACCAUUUGCGAAGUCCCAAUGGGACUUUUUCUAUUGUCUUGACCUGUAUUUAACGGUCACACGGUGUCAAUUACUUGUUCACCAGUUUCAACUGAAGGGGCCGACCAUUUAACUCUUGAGGGGGUGAUUUUGAAAAAAAAUUUCCUGCAAGCGCUUGUCGGAAGAAAAAUAUUGCAUGCAGCACAAAUGUAAUAAAGAGCUUAAGGGAAAAAAAGGGAAAAAAAUAUCCUGCCCACCAUAUUGCUAGAAAAAAAAAUUCUUGAUGACCAGAAAUCACCCACCCCCACCCUCAAGAGUUAAAUGGUCGGCCCCUAAUGAAACACACGAGGUAUAACAAUUGAUUUCCUUGUUUGUUUUCGCAAAUCAUUAAAAACCCGGAAAUGAAUGUUUCUAUUUGAGGUCAAACGUCUGAUCUGAUCAGCACUGGAGAUCCAAUUCGAAUUUUUUGAACUGUUUUUCUUGCAACCUGUAUUAGGCGGUCACCCUGUAUUAACCGGUCACUUAGCCAUUCCCCGAGGGUGACCGUUUAAUACAGGUUCGACUGUAAUUUGAAAUUUUGUUAUCCCCAGUGUAUGGUUGACGAAAUCAUGUGUGCCCAAUAAUUUUACAUUUACAUACUGAUAAAACUAAAAAAACUAAAAAAAAACUAAUUAAGUCAUUCAUUAAUAAACAGAGUUAAAAAUAAAUAACUUAGCUAAAAAAAUAUGUGUGUGCACUUCAUUUGCUAUUUUACAAGAUUUCCGAGUGGGAAACUGAUGAUUAAAUCACGCGUUCUAUUUCCCUUUUGAAUUGCUCUUUUGACUAGAUGUUUGUAACAUAUUCAGGUAAAAAAUUCCGGCCACAAUUGGGCCCCGCUAUAGCCUGCGAACAGAAGACGCAUUUCCGGUCGUCGCUUCUCUCCCUCCCAAUGACUUUUCGGAGGGAGAGAGGCGAUGACCGAAAAUGCGUCUGCUGUUCGCAGGCUAGCCCCGCUAUAGCUAAAGCUACGCUUUAGAUAAUUGGUGCGGUGGCUUGAGCAGAGUUAGCUUACCGCUUAGCCUGCAAAACAAGCGUUUUUGCAGUGUGAUCCAUGAUUUUUUUCGGAAAUUUUUCGGCUCCGUACGAAAGCGCCCGACAUCAAAACGACAACUGUCGUAGAUCGAUCUUACCCGUUCCGAGAUCAAGAAGUGCCUAGCGUGCAUCGUGCCCAGAGCUUUUGAUGUUAUGAUUUAGUCGGUCUUUCACAGGACGAUAAGUUGCCUUCAUGUGGACUUUGAAUGUUUCAAAUUAGCACUCAUGGCCAACUUUUGCAAUUGGAGACUGACGAAGGGAUCAGCCGUUGCUCUUGGUCUCCUCGUGAGUCUCACAAUUUUUUUAACUUUUCUCACUACAAGACCCCCAUUUUCAUGUUUUUCAGGAAAAUAUCAUCUUGAAAUGAAAUGUUUGUUGUUGGUUCUCUCCUUUGCUCCGAGAGGUUUUUCUCUGGGUACUUGGGUUUUCCACUCUUCUCAACUAACCAACAUUUCCAAAUUCCAAUUCGACCAGGAAUCAGGUAGACGAAGAACCACUUUGUGGAUGUCCUACCUCUAAAUCAUUAUUUAUUUCUUUAUGUUUUGCGCGCUUCUCCUUUGUUCAUUUCCAGAUUAUCUCUGAAAUACUGCCGCUUAGCUACUUUAAUGACAUUAUUUAUCUCAUACCUUUUUCUUUCACCAAGCGUAGUGACCUUGUCAGAUAUUCUGUAUCUAAAACACCCACGUGGUGGGGCGACUACUCUCUCAAUUAUCCUGCAUUUUUCCACAGGUCGUAUUUGUUAUCAGUACCCAAACAAGAAUUCAUCGGUUCCCAUCAAAACCAGCUGCUCAUUCCCAGAAAACCUUUGUUUCAAAUUUGACAAAAAAACGGAGGAUAACGAACAAGUCACCGUUCAAGGAUGUAUAACCGCUGAACAAUGCAGACAGCUUGAUGACGAACAUUUGCAAUGUUGUGAGGGAGAUCUUUGUAAUAAUAGUAAGUGUCAUGGUUAUAGAAACGCAAAAAUUUAUUAAUUUAGGCGCACUCUGAGAUUUUGACAAUGUUCCAAACCAGAGACAAGUUGGUUCAAAGUUUUUGAAUCAUGAUGAUGAGGAGGAGAAAACUGAUCGGAAAGCAAAUAUGGUGUACUCCUACUGAAUUUUUUUUCUUUCUUUUGAUUAUAAUGCUUCUAUUUCGCAACUUGUAAGCCUUCGGUCAAUCUCAGCUACGGAAGGAUCAAAAUAGGUGGGUGUCAAAAGUUGUUCAGUGAUGACACAGCGGGUUCUUCGUGAUACACUGUAAGUCUUCGGCUAUUUGAAUUUGUGCUUACCCAAUUUGUAACGGACUAAUUUCAUUAGGUGUUUUUGCCAUAUUUUGUGGUUGCACAAAAUCAAAGGGAAUUUACAUGUAGUUCCUCUUUUUGUGUAAAUGCCUUCGCAUUAUGACUGGAUCGUAUAAUUACAGAGGACACGAGUGUACAAGCUCAGUUAGCCAGGUAAGACCCGCUUUUGUCCUCGCCGAAGCGCAGUGGAUAAGUUCCACUGUCAACAAGUGACAUUGUAGUAAGAGAAGAGGUGUUAGCACUAUAUAAGCUCUAACAUGCCUGUACCCCUUUUAACCUGACCGCAUAUUAUUGGAAAAAACUUCCCCACUUCCAUUUAUAGUACAGUACCUUUGAUCACAGUGUGAUAUAUUUAUUUUGUUUGCAGUCAUAGAAACCACGACUCCCGCAUCUGCACCAGAAACCACGACUGCCGCAUCUGCACCAGAAACCACGACUCCCGCAUCUGCACUAGAAACCACGACUGCCGCAUCUGCACCAGAAAAUUCCACUGUCAUUAACAAAGUUAUUUACAUUUCACUUGGUGUCACGUCCGCUAUUUUGCUGUUGUCGGUCGCUAUUUUCGUCUGGUGCUACAGAAAAAGAAAGACUACUGAAAGGUUUGUAGAGCCCUGCUAAUGCGUAGCUGGCGUUUUUUUUUUGUUUGUUUGUUUGUUUGCUUCUGUUUUAUUUUCAGUGGUUUGGUAAAGUAAGAGAUUCAGCCGCACGAAAGCUGAACCGAGGACGAAAAAGAAAUGAUAGGGAAGGGGGCGAGGGGAGAAGUAAGUGAGAAAAAUCUCCUGUACUAAACCCCUUGAGAUUUUUAAAACGCCCCUUCCAGUUUUUAUGAAAGGAUGAUGUGACAUGUUUUGAGGUCUGACGUCAUGCAACCGACAAAAUGUCGCGCCAAAGGUUUUUUGUUUACGAUCUUUUAAUGCUUUUUUAUUAGCGCUUUCCCGGUAAUUAUUCUCCCCCUCGCCCCAUCCCCCAUCGUUUUCUGUUUCGACCUCGGUUCAGCCGCGUUUACGCGGCUGUAACUCUAAUAUUACUUUGCAAACCACAAAAUAAAAAAAACACACCAAAGAAUCUCCAGCUAUGCUAGCUACAUAAAUACAGAAAUAAAUCUUACACUAAGGAAAGCUUUCAUUUUGUCUUUUUAUCUAAACGUAGCGAUUAAUCUUCGUUCCACGUGGCGUUAUUGGCUAAAUUACAUCACUUGUCAACAAAACCUGCCAAGAUGACAGAUAACUUUAACUGGAAGUCAAAACCAUAACUUAAUUUGCAAUUCUUGUGAAAAAUAAUCAAAGAAAUUUUUUCAUUGUCGAAUGAUGCAUAGAAAAAAAUGAAAAAUCUCAAGAAUACUCUGAUGAAGAGGAAUUUUGCUUUUUAGAUAUGCCUAAAGUGAAUUAGAAUUGAAUAAAUUCUUUUUUUUUACUCAUUGCUUGUGAAGGAUGGUGCCCUUGACUGAAUCGUCCUUUAAAAAAAAAUCAGUUUCUUUUAUCCCCACUCGGCUAUUUUGAUGUAGCCUUUUUUUUUUUCACGCGGAGAACAUCUCAGCUUCAGCCAUUAUCCUCCGAUGCACCAGUAGCCAGGUGCCAUAAUUUUUGUUGUUAGUAAAGUUUACAGAUAUGGGAGUAUAUGUUACUAUAAUAUUGUGCUCAGCGUAAUAAUCUGGCACUCUUUUUUUUUCCCCUUUUUCUAGGUCAUCUUAUUCACAAGACGAGAUUACUCCUCCUGACAAGUGGCAAAUUCUGCCUGAGCAAAUAGAGUUUGAGGAAGAGCUGGGGAGAGGAGAAUUUGGUGUUGUUUACAAGGCAACCUAUAGAAAGAGUGACGAGAUGGAGGCGUUGGUCACUGAGACUUCAAAAUGGCCCGUAUCAACCAGGAAGCCGAAAGCACCACGGCUGGUGGCUGUCAAAGUUAUACAUGGUAAGAAAUACUGACUGUUAUCUCCAUAGACAAAGGCAUAAAGUCUUAACUACCUUUCAGUCCUCUUCAUACUACUCUAAGAACCCUUUUGGAUUUAAGUAACUCUUUGGGAACUUUAAGAUCUCAACGCAAUUUUAACAGAAAAAAAAGAAAACUCGACUCUCUUCGAAGACGUGAUCGCAUGAUAUUAAAACAAAUUACACCACCUAAAGACAUUGCAUUUUUAAAAUCGGGAUUGUCUCUCGCUGGUGAAGAGCACAGCAAAGUUGGAAGUGCAAGUAAUUUGUGGUUUCUUUAUUCACUAUGUAAGUGUGAAAAAAAUAAUAAAGGCUGUUAAUUUCCAAAAAGUAGGUUUAAGCCUAUUAGCUCUAAACAAAUGCAUCUCUUAAGAAUUUACCUUUCCCCAAAACCAAAAAAAAAGUAAAUUGAUCUACAGAGCCUGAAUUAAAGCCAACAAUGAAAAUAAUUUUUAGCAAGCAGCCUCUAGUCAAUACAUGUAUGGCAACUCUUUCUGAAGGAUCGGAUGUAUUUGAUUAUUCUGUCUCCCUUUUUUGUGACCCAUGUUGCCCAGUUUACACUGCAAGUCAUUUGAUAAUGAGGAGAAGGGAAAAAAAAUUAUGAAACUGAGCUGCGACAUCACCAUGCUGAAGGGUAGACCCAGGGGGUACUCUCUUAUAGAAGCCAUACAAGUGUGAGCGGGGCCGAAGGAUAUGGUUGUUGACCCCUUUAUGUGUGAAAUUGGGAAAAGAUUUCCACGAUUUGGCAAAAACAGAUAAAACGUGAAACAGGAUUAGGUUUUGCUCUGCCUUGUACCAGGUCUGUAUUUAUUCUAUUCUAUUUUAUUGUUGGUUUAUUAUUUAUUUAUUUAUUUAUUUUUCUAUCUAUCUAUGCAUUCGCCUUUUUAUGAAAGCGGUUUAGGUAGUGAGGGAAACCACUUUGUCAUAUCACACCGCCAACCGAAUUUUCCAGGAGUUCCUCUCGGGGCUGCUGGGAGGGGGCAUGCAGUGGUAAACUAAAAAUAAUAACAGAUGUCUGAAUAUUUCUCGAUAUUCUAUUACACGGUAGAAUACAUCUUUAAAUGCCCUUGUGCAUUAGAGAAUGAGUGGGAAGCGGUAAAAAUGGGCGAAUAUGUUUUUCAAAUGAAACAUUUUGCACUGAAUAAUGCUGAAGAAUAACGAUAAUAAAAUCAAUGUCAUUUUAUUUAAUUAUCUUUAGAUAAUCCAUCUGAAGUAGAGAAAGCAGAGUUCACGUUUGAGAUUGAACAGAUGAAGCUGUUGGGUGCACAUAAGAACGUUGUAUCCAUGGUUGGAUACUGCACGCUUCAGGAGAAAAUUUUCCUGGUUAUAGAAUACGUUCCGUGUGGUGACCUGCUGACGUGGCUACGCCGCAGAAGAAAAAAGGUAAGGAGAUGAACAAUAAUACAAUUAGAUAAUAACGAGAUUAUAUAGGGAGACAACUUUACGAAUAUAUUUGGGUACUAUCAGAACAUUUUGUACAACUUAUUUAAGCAACUACAGUUACUUCAAAAUUAUAAAAGCAUUUAAUGAUAAUACUAACAAUAAUAAUUAUUUAAUAUUUAUUAUUAUUAUUAUUAUUAUUAUUAUUAUUAUUAUUAUUAUAUUAAAAGUAUUUUAUCCUUGGGUGUAACAACAUAGGGAUGGUAUUAAAUCCUCCUAACGAAUCUUAGUCCAUAAAACCUGGUGUGCCUCGAAUUGGGGGCCGUAAUCUAGUAUGGAGAUAAUAACUUUUUGACUCUAGGAUCGCUUGUAGCCACGCAGACGUAAAGUACCGUUUUUGUUACUUGCUUGAUGUUUAGAUCAAAGAACUUCAAGCUACCGAGAGAUCGUAUGCUGACAAAGAGGUUCUGAAAGAUCAGAGAGAGACCAGAGAUCAUGUAGGCUUGUAUAUAAACUGUAGUUUAACUUUCCAUACUAGCUCUCUCCAAAAACGUUUUUUAUCCAGACUGCUUGUUUGUUUUCUGUCUGGUUGACCUAGCUAUCUAAUUUACCCGGGGGGAACUCCGCAUAUGAAAGGGGUUGGCAUGCUUCUCGGAAAUUCUGAAUUAAACCCCUAAAGGAGACCGAUCUGGGCGUGGUCCAAGCUUUUUUUGAUCCCUAAAAGAGGCCAUGUUAAAACACAGACGAAUGAGAAAACUUGGAUUAUAUGAAUGGAGUAAAUGAAACGAAUUAAAAAUACACAUAUCAAAUAUAUAUUUUUUCGCGUGCAGCCCUAAACAACGAGACCGGCUAAAUGAUGAUGGCGUUUUGCCCUAAACACCCUAAAUGAGACCAAAAUCCGAAAUUUACCACUUUCUUAUGCGGAGUCCCUCCCCCCGGGCUAAUCUACCCAUCCGAUUGUUGUUGAAUGGUUUCCACGUAACGUAAUCAUAAUUCAAAAUAAAGAAUUCUUUAUCCUUCUGAGUUUCAAAUUUGUGAACUGUUAGAGCAACUGAUCAUGAACACGUGUAUUUCUAUAAAGUUUCAGUUCGAAAGGGUUCUUCAUUUUGUGACAGAACACGUUUGAAUAUUCAAAUAUAUUGCGUGACGCGACAAUAAUGGGGCAACAAAAGCUGUCACGAAACUGUAGGUUAAAGAGCAGUAUAUCCUUUUUUUUGAGAUUUUGCUAUCUGAACAGUCCUUGUUUUUUGAAUACGUAUGAAGUUUGAUGUUUAUGAGCUCUCUAGAGAUGAGUACUCGCUUUAUGGCCAUGUUUCUGUUAGUUUCCGGCCGCCAUAUCUGUGUUCCUCAGAGGGACGCCAACAUGGCUGGCGUCUCAAAACAAAGCUCUACAAAUUUGGGUAACACAUUUCUCCGAAUACCUUGCAAACGAAAAAACCGCACAGACCUGAAUCUUAGCAAGACUUUCUGCAUAUCCCUUAGAUUCCUGAAUCUAUUCAUUUCCACACAGGUCAGUAAACUUGCUAAGAAACAGAUAAAGCAAGCGGAGAAAAUACAAUUGAGUAUGGAAAUGACCCCAUUACUACAGGAUAACAGCGAGGACACAGCGUCGACUUCUUAUCAUCUCGGGGACGAAGUAUGAAAUAAGUCAGCCAGGAGGACUCAAAGAUUUUAGAUGACGUUCAUUUCUUCUAUAUAUGGAAAAACUGCUUAACUCAACUUAAACGUGGUUUAGGCUUGUAGCUCAUGAAAGGAAUUCUCGUGUAAUCCUGACUAGUGCAAUCGAUAGAGUUGAUAAUGGAUAAUAAUGGAUAACUCUCGAUAAAGAGCGAUUGAUUAAAUUGAAAAUCGAUAACAAUCGAUAGAGGAAAAAGUUGUUGCUAAUCGAUAGUUAUCGACUUUAAUCGAUUUUUAUCGAAGUUGUCGAUUUUAAUCGGCGCUUACUCAAUUAGGUUAACAUUGGCAAAGAACGUUGUUUCCGAACAUAAGUACAUUAUUUAUGUGGCUUUGGACGGUUAAAUUUGUAACGAAGUUUAUUUCACAAAUUACACUCAAUCACUAACGAAGCAUUUUCGGCCAAUCGACAGGAUAAAAAAGAGUUAUAAACAACUGACUCAGCUUGCUUGCACUGGAAACUGUUCAAGUUGAACCCUACAAUGUAUAGUUCGGUCAGGGCCGUAGGAGUAGGGGGGCCGAGUAGGCCCAUGCCCUCCCACUUUUUGGGCGACAAUUAAAAGAAGAAGAAGACACCACUUUACAGUCGAAAAUACUGAGUGAAUAACACAACGCAAUUCUCCCUUCGAUUUUACAAAAUAUGUUGUUAGGGUUAAUUUUGUAACAUUUCAAGUCUGUUUAAAUCUCUUUCUCGCCCUUAGCCAGCGCAUACAACCGUCUCUCCUCGCUCCUCAUGACUAGGGAUGUUUCGCAGGGUAGACGUGGAGAGACGGCUGUCAUACAGGCUACUGAUCUUGUCCUUUGCUUGUAAUUUCCUUGAUGGCGUCACUGUUUUACCUUUCUUUCCAUUAAAAUUGUACCUUAACGACAACAUCAGAGAUGGGUAAAAUAUAUUCUAACCAUUUGCAUUUUCUUUCGUAUUUUUUACAAUGUCCUGUCAAUAACGCAGAAAAUAGCAUUUCCGAGCCCCUAAAUUUAAAAAUUUUCUGGGGGAGCAUGCCCCCAGACCCCCUACUUUGCAGUGCCUUCGGUCUUCUAACUUUUUUCCCUUUGCGCACACCUUCAAAAUCUCACGCUACAUACCUAAAAUCUAUUAAUACGAACCUCGAAAAACUGCUUGUCAAAACGGUUUCAGGAGGCGAUUUCUCAAGUUAGCCGUUAUCAACCUGAAACUUUCAUGGUCCAGAUAUGAUCAGGGAACGUCUUGAAACGCAGCUAACUAUUUUGAAAAUGCAUGUUCGAAAAAGUGCCAUAGCCUCUGUCAUCCAUUAGAAUUUCUCAAUGCAAAUGGACCUGCUUCAUUCAGUGAGACUGCAACAGUUUUAGUGAAACUAAUAUUAGUUAUGCCUGCCACAAGUGCUUUGAGUGAAAGGUCUUUCAGUGCCUAAAAAAGAAUCAAGAAUUACCUUAGCUCUACCAUGACGCAAAAAACGGAUGAACAACCAUACCGGUAUACAAGGAAGACGCGGACAAAUUGAUGUUGCUGAUUGAUGUUGCCAACGACUUUUACACUGAAAACUCUCGCAGGUUGUCAAAAUUUGAACACUUUUCAGAAGUCCACCUACGUUGAACAUUAGGGAACUUAAGAACCACGACGACGGCUUUGUCGACGACGACCGGAAGUGAGAUACCGUGCACUGCGCAAGCGCGGUUAACAAAUUUCGUCGUCGUGGUGUCGUCGACGACGCCAAAUACAGUACAGUCACGUCGUCCUGCAGUCCACAAGCUUCGGCAGGUAUAACUCCCUGUUUUUAAGCGAUUUUUCAAGGGCUUUGUAUUUUUUCACCUCGUAAAUCCAGGUAUCCUUUCUUUUUUCUGCUAACAAGCGAUGCUGAAAAAUUUGACUGAUGAAUUGUGUUUACUUCGAAGACAACACUUAGCUGUGCAGGCCGAGCGAGCGAACUCGUAAGUGACAAAUUUAUUUGUACGUAUUUAGGUCAGGCAAAUCAUAUAUCUUUAAUAUAGAGGAAAUGAACUUUAUAUGAAAACAGCUAUCGCAUCGGAAUGUCUCUUUUUCCAAAUCUAAACUCCGACAGACAAUCGGACUUGGUCAUGUCAUUCAGGUUGAACGUUGAAUAACCUUCGUACGGAAAGCAGAGAUUUUUCCAUUCGAAAAGGUCAGACAACACUAAAAAUUCUUCAUCGUCAAUGAAAGUAGUCGUACGGCUUAUAAAAUAAGAUCUUGCAUCGUCUUAAAAGACGCCUUUGCGAAAAAACGUUGUUGCGAACGAAUAUCACAGUUGUACUACUUCUACAUGUUUGUUUACAUUCAGUGUCGUCGUCGUCGACCUACCGAUCGACUGCAUCUUAAAUUUCCUUUUUCCCGCCGAAACUGACGUUCUCGUCCCAGUCCUUUCCCAGUCAACAGACGUCGUCGUCGUGAACUUCGUCGUGGUUCUUAAGUUCCCUAUUUAGCUAGUUAAUUAGUACUGUUGGAAACCACUAUAUUUUCAACUACGGUGGUCAUAUUGGUUUAAAUAAAUUCCAUAGCCUCCACUGUCACAGUAAUCUCUAGUAAUUUUGAGGGGACACUCGGCGCCCGGACACCGGUCCCUAUUUUUUCUAUCAUCUGGUACAGUCUGUCGGUAACAUUUGUACUAUGCUCGGCUAAUUGUCAUCAUUUCAGUCUAGAUUUAAAUGUCACGUAGCAGUUUAUGUUUUUUUGCUACAAUACAGGUUAAACAUUGCUUGAAGAUAGCCUGAAAGUGGAAAUGAACUAUAUCUAAAAGUGCUUAAUAAAUGGCCCAGUCUGCAUUAGAGCGAAACCCCGACAUCUGCUUUAUACGAACACCCCGUUAAUACGGACACUUGCUAUGUCCCCCUCAGAGUCUGUAUUAACGGGGUUUGACUGUUUAGACUGUAAAGAUUUGGCGGGGGAGGAAGGGGUCUCGUCCCACAACAGUCGUGCCCUGUCACUUCUAGCUUCGUUCCUACGGGCCUGGUUCAAGUGGUGAGAAUACUGUCCAGUGUACAGUUUUUCAGCAAGACCCGGCUUAAAUUGCUUCUUCAAAAAGCAUAUUGGAAAGGAUAAUUUAAAUCGUUCUGUAAAUAUGCAAAACAAAGAAGAUGAUCAACUCCGCAACUAAAUGGAAAGAGAAGUAGCAUAACCAUAAAACGUGAUAAAAAUGUGAGAUAAAAUCAUCUUUUAAAACAGAAAACAUCUGCAUGUUGCUAAUAUAAUUUGCUGUAAAAUAGUGCAUUAUUGGGUUUUGAACCUGGGAGGCAAUCGAUAAUAUCGUUAAAAUAGUUAGAAAGGAUAGCGCUGACAAUUGAUUUUCUGAUAUCGAUUUUUAUCGAUUGCGCUAGUCAAGUGUAAUAUGCAAAAGUUGUCCCUUUAUUUAAUGAUCCGGGAAGCGAGAAGCGCCUCUUUAUGAAAGAAUUAGUUAAAUAUAAAGACGUUUAGAAAAAUCAGAGAGAGGUUUGGGAAUCAAGUAGGCUAUUUGGUAUUGAUCAGGCUUAAUAAAGAUCCGGCUGAUCCUCACUGGUUUGUCGUUGUGGAUGUGCCUUCACAAGUGUUUCUUAUACCACAAAACGUAAUAAUGAGUUAAUUUUUAAAUUUAUUUAUUUAGACUAAGUACGUUUUACCUAGAUUUUUGUUCUGGCAUCUGUAGGUCAUCUGGUUGUUGUUGAACUUUAGUCUUUAAUUCACCGAAAUUCAUUGCAUACAGUAACAACAGAGUGGAAAUUUGAGGUAUACGUGAAAGGAUAGAAUACAAGAUUCCACGAUAUAUUAUAUUAAAGAAUGAUAAUGGUUAAACGAAGAAAUUGGCCAGUACUGGACCAAUAAUUUAAUAAGGUUUUUGUUUUUGUUUUUUCUUACAAAGGAAAGUAAACCUGCUAAAGAUCGGACAAAGCGGAGGCAGCGGACGAACGAAAACAUGGAAUUGAUUUCGUUAUCAGAAAAAAGCAUUAAUGAUGAAGUCCGACAGGAUCUGGCGUCGACUCUUCAAGGCCAUCGUGUAUGAAGGAAAUACUUAAACAUUUCAUUGAAUUUAUUUUUCUUAAAUUUAUAUAUCUGCGUUAUCAAAAGAAAGCAAUGAUGAUGUGCGACUGGAUUCAAGGCCAUCUUGUAGAAAAGAAAUACUUAACAACGUCUUUUUUUUUUCUUAAAUUUAAUUAUAUUGAAGGUGGAUAAGGCAUACAGACAAUGAGCGGACGAGAGAGCUGCCAUGAAGGCUGAAAAGUGACUCUGUUGGGAGGAUUUUGCUAUCUGAAUGGUCAUUGUAUAAUGUCAAUGUUAAUGAGUUCCUCAAGAGAUGAAUUCACCCUUAAGUAGCACAACUCCGCGACACAUGUUUCUGUUGGUUUCCGGCCGCCAUGUUAGUGACCAUUCGGAUGGGCACCAACAUUGCGUCUCCAUAUAAAGCUCUAUAAAUGUAGGUAAAAAAAAUUCUCGCAAAUUUCUCGCGCAUGAAAAAUUGCACAGACCUGAAUCUUGGCGAGGGCCUUUGUAUAUUUACCUUCUUUCAUUUCCCAGAUUCUAGACUUUAUCUAUUAAACGGUUUUGAGUUUUAUUUUUAAUAGCGUGACAGUGAAAACCAGCAAUAGCGUUACAUUUCUUCUACAUGCAAAUUUCAUUGCCAUUUUCUUUAAUCAUUUAGCAAAGUUUGGCUGAUGAGUAUGAAGUUAAGGAGGAUCAACAUUCUAUACACCAAGACCAAGAAGACAUUGCAGUGUCUCCGCAACAAAGAAACAAAGAUGCCGUUCUUGAAGUGAUUCCAUCGACUUCCACCGAAGUAGAUGUAAGACGAAAACAAAAACACCAUAAUAAUUAAUUAUUCACUAGUAAAGAAGCAUUUGCCUCUAGGGCGCUUAUUUUGCUUACGUUUCACGUUAGAAGGACACAACGCCUUUGAGAUCUUGGUUUUCCUGUGCCACUAAUGUGUUCCGUCGAUGGUGUACCUUUUCUGCGCUGUCUUGGAUUUACGUUUCAGCGUCUCGUUUUCAUUCUCUUGAGCUAUUUUCAGUUCCGGGCUUGUGACUUCCAGAACGAUAGGCGAUAUAAGGAAUCGUCUAGUAAAAUGGUGUGUUUGUUGUUUUUAAUCAGUACCACGUGUAUCAGCAGGUGACCGAGGCUUUCUGGGUGAACAUCAAACUGUGGGCGUGGAUUUCAUCCUAGACUUGAACAGUACCCUGGACCCAAAGUAAAUUUUAUCUAGCUCUUAACUGGUCAAUUUAAAGUUACUUUCAGUAGAUAAUACCUUAUAUUCCGUGGCUCUUGUCUGGCUUAAGAAAAUUAUGUUAUUUUUAUCUUUUUAUCCGUUAGUUACCUAUUUACUAACAAGGAAAGUAAUUACUUGAAAGCUGUGCUGUUUCAAGUUAAACCAAAAAUUUGAUAGUUUUUUUUUAUCAAUUUAAUUAGGAUGAGGAAUUCAAAGUAACUGACAAAGAACUUCUAACCAGGCCAUCGACAUCACUAGGAAAAAAUCAAGCUUCUGCAAUGCCACUUUCAAUUGAAAACCUGGAGGAGUCAGGCGAGGAUCCUUGUGACGUAGAGGAGAACUUUUCUACCAAACAACUGUUUUCAUUUGCCUGGCAAAUAGCUAAAGGAAUGGUAAUUAUCUUUGUUUUCUGGAUCGAAUGUUGCUGGGAUUCUGGUUCUGAGUAUAACUUGGAAAGAAGAAUUCAAAAGUCAAUAUUUUAUAAACAUGAAAUAGACGGGAUAAAUAUAUUGGCUGUUUUUCUAGAUAUGAGUACAUUAAAAUGGCUUAUAUGGAAAAAAUUUUCUUUUCGGUCGACCCAGUUUUGGCUGAAUUCGUUUCAAUUCGUUAUGCGUAAAUAUCUGGAUCAGAUCAGUGCCGAUAUUUACUUUUCAUUUGGAUUUUUCAGCUAUACCUAACAACUUAGUGUUCGGCGUAGCCCCGUUAUUACGUUUUGAGAUAAUUUUAAUCGUUGUUUCGUUGCUUAUUUGUUAUUAGAAUCAUCUCGCAGAAAACAACCUUGUUCACAGAGACCUAGCUGCCCGUAAUGUUCUUGUUGGCCAUGAAAACCAGAUCAAAGUGUCAGACUUUGGGUUGAUGAGACAAAUCUAUGAAGAUGUGAGCAGCUCAACGAAGUCCAAAAAACUUCCUGUAAAGUGGAUGGCCCCAGAAUCACUUUAUCAAGGCGUUUACACGACCAAAAGUGAUGUGUAAGUGAUGAGUUUUCCCGCUCCCUUGACAAGGGAACUAUUGAAACGUUUCUUCUGAAUCACUUCUCAAAAUUGUAGUUGCCGUAAAAAUUACAGAAGUAUAUAACUCUGAGGCGCCAAAAUUCUCCUUAUUUGUUUAUAACCAUGCUAGGGUUGGUUUUUAGCCGUGCAAUCAGAAGAACGGAAAAUUGUUUGCCCAAAUAUGAAAUCAUAGAAUUGAAGGCAUCCCUGUCUAAAUAUAGCUAAAAACGGAUUCUCCCUGUCCUUAACAAUUCUCCAAUUAAUAAUUAUAAUAAUAAUAAUAAUAAGAAGAAGAAGAAGAAUAAGAAGAAUGAAUGAAUUUGUAUAGCGCAAAUUCCAUUCAAUGUUCAAAUGCGCUUCACAAUACAAUAACUAAUACUAACAUAAUAAUAAUAAUAAUAAAGUAAAAAUAAAAACUAAUGCUACUACUAAUACUAAUACUAAUACUGACUAAUAAUACUAAUGCUACUAUGAUAUUGCGCUGCAGGUUAUGAUAAAAAUGCUAAACGAAAAAGGUGCGUCUUUAGCUUUGAUUUAAAAAUGUCCAUCGACUUGGAGUCUCUGACUUCAAAUGGCAAUGCAUUCCAGAGUUUUGGUGCUGCUCAAGUAAACGACCUGUCACCAUGUGUCGCUUUAGAUAUAAAUGAGGGUUGCUUAAGCAAGAGGGUGUCACUAGAACGUCUCAGGUUAUAGCAUGACUGAGGCUUCAGUGGGAUAUCAAUGACUCCAAGUAAGUGAGAGCUGUGCCAUGCAAGAUCUUGAAAGAUAACAGAAGAAUCUUGAAUACAAUUCUAGAGUGAAUCAGUAACCAAUGCAACUUAAUAACGAGCGGUGUUAUGUGACAAUCUACCCUCAGUAAAUAUCAGUCUAGCACAGGCAUUCUGCCACGUUGUAAUUUGAUCAAUGAGCAGUUUGGCAGACCAUACAAUAAACUGUUACUUUAGUCAAGACGAAUUGAUAUGAAAGCAUGAAUAAGUGACUCUGCUGACUUAUUGGAGAGAUACUUCCGGAUGCAACGUAUGUUAUUCAAAUAGAAGAAUGAUGAGCUGCAAAUUUUCGAAAUAUGUUCCGUCAUAGAGAGAGAUGCAUCUAACCACGAGUCAAGGUUCCUAGCGAAAGGCACAGGGUGAAUGUUGGUGUUACCCUCGCGAAUAUGAGUGAUGACUACCUUCUCAAGCUGUUGCGGUGUACCUAUUAUAAGAAGUUCAGUUUUUUCGUCAUUUAAUUUAAGAUUGUCAUGCGACAUCCAAGAACGAAUAUCAGUAAUUCAACUUUCCAGUAACUCUCCAUCAUUAAGGUGAUCGAGCCUGUCGUUUGGGCAGAAUGAGAUGUAAACCUGCGUGUCGUCAGCGUAACAAUAAACCGCAGGAAAAUGAUGUUUGAUGAUCUCGAAGAGAUUGCUCUAAUACAGAGUAAAUAAUAAGGGGCCCAAACAGGAACCUUGAGGGACACCACAUUGCAACUCGAAUUCCGCAGAGAGUGUCUCAUUGAUGGCUAUUUGCUGAGACGUUCCAGACAGGUAAGACGAAAACCAGGAGAGGACUUUUCCAUUUAUACCAAAUGUGAACUGAAGUCGAUGCAGUGAAGUGACGUGAUCGACAGUGUCAAUGCAAAAGCCGCACUUAAGUCGAGGAGAAGAAGCAGAGUGACACGUUGAUCGUUUAUGUUAAGGAGGAUCUCGUUAGUGACUUUGAGAAGUGCUGUUUCUAUGCUGUGUUAGGGACGAUAAGCUGAUUGCAGAACAGGGAAGAGAUCAUUGCUGAAUAAAUAAUGUUGAAGUUGCUUGGCGUCCGCAGUCUCCACAAAGUUUUGAGGCAUAUGCGAGGUUACUCACAGGUCUAUAGUUCUUAAAGAUGAGGUCGACACCCUCCUUCUGUAGCAGUGGUUUAACAAAGCGCGCUUUCAGAUGAGAGGAAAAUAGCCUGAUUCCAUCGAAGGGUUAAUUAAUUUCGUAAUUGGAGGAGGUAAUACAUCAAGACACUCAGUAAAAAGCUUAGUAGGAAUGGGGUCAAGAGAACAAGUCGUCUUUGUAGAUGAUUUGAUUAGUUCAUGAACCUCGGUUUCAGAAAGAAGACGAAAUUCAGAAGAAGAGGGGCCAUCAAGUGCAAAGUGGGAUUCGCUAACAUAGGAAGUGCUACCUUGGCGUGCAAUCUCAAGCCGAAUGGAGUUAACUUUGUCACGGAAAAACGUGCCAAAAUCGUUAGUCAUUAAUUGAUUAAGAUCGGAAUGUAGAGGGAGACUGGCCCACUUCGAUAGGGUAAGCAGUGAUUUACAUGCAGUGAACAGUUUCCUCUGGUUGAAACAGUUUUCAGUGUAAUUUUUCAAUUACAUCCAAAAACUCAAAAGUACACGCAUUUUUGGGCUCGUCCACCACAAGUAAAAGGAGUUAAGAAAUAAACAGGGAAAUUAAAUAAACAAUCUAAAUGCCUUGAAUCUGUACAUAUUUAUAACCUCUUUGGUUUUUUUUUUGUUUCAUAGUUGGUCUUUUGGUGUUGUUCUUUGGGAAAUGGCUACCUUGGGUGAGUGGACCGUAAUUUUGCAGUUUAUUGUUGUCAUGUUAAAUUUGCGGUUAACCGACAAAUCAAAAAAACAUUUUUCAUGGUCUAUGACUCUUAUCGACCAUAGAAAUGAUGUCAAAAUGUUGAAAACUCAUGCACGACCCUCAGGAUACUGGUUUUACACUGCAAAGUUUUGAGCUUUCCAAGGGAAUUAAGGGGACCGUGCCUUGACCCACUUUCCCCCUUUUGCCAUGGAGGGAUGUGGCUUAACUGUUACGAUUGUUAUCGAGGUUACUGCUACCAGGAAGGGCGAAAACAAUAUUUCAUAAUGUUUCAUUUGCGGCAAGUUUGAAUUUUCUUGUUUAAUCUGGGCUUUGUUUUUAAUUUAUUAAGUGUUGUGAGACAUCUCCUAGAUGAUAACCGUAUGUGACAAUACAUAUUAAAUUUGCGAGCAUUUGAUGACUGGAAACGAGAAGCCUUAUUAUUAAUCACCCUGCCUUCUUUCAUUACACAUUUAACUGCAUUGGCUAUAUAUCAGACCUCCAUUCAAUCAACAAUUUUUGCAAAGUGGCCUUAUUGAGUUUAUAUCAGGAGAAGUGUCAAUCGACUAAGGCAUCUUUAAUAGAAAUCUAUCCAAUGGAAAAUUGCGCGUAUUCAGUUGUCGAUAUGUAAUCAUUUGUUUUCUUUCUCGCAAUCGUCAGGAGGCGUACCAUACCCCACGCUGACCAACUCAGAGUUGUAUCGACUGCUCGAUACUGGUUAUCGCAUGGAAAGGCCUGACAUGUGCUCCGAUGACGUGUACGUUUCUUGAUCAGAGUGGUCUUAGAUUUAACAAGCAGAUUCCAUUUUUCUGUGCGUCUGCUCAGUUACAUUUCACACUGAACGGUGCAGCAUACGUCAAAUAUUUUAACGCCUUCUUUGAUCACAUUAAAUACUGACCAAACGGACGGCAAGGGAAAGCGUUUGUUGGGAUCCUCACUCUUUGAACAAGGAAACCCUCCAUUAGCUUUAUGGUCAAUAAAGGUAUCAUUAGCAGUGAUUAGGUUAAUCUUUUUCCUGGGGUCGGAGCGAGUACUCCCUGUACUGGGGAGGCACCCCCAAAAGGGGUACCUUUCUCAGUCUUCUGGUAUAGAAAUUUUGCUAGUCGAAGUAUAUGAAAGGGUAGGGAAAUCUGUCAUUUCGGUCUGUAAAAUGACUUAAGAGGACCAGAUAAGAUUUCUUUGCUGCGAAAAAGUCGAAAAAAUUUUCUAGUUUGUUAUUUAUUUCUUUUUUUAAAGGAAGUGCAUUUUUCAGCAAUUAAAAGGGAUAAAGUUAAAGUUCUUUUCUGUCAAAAAUGUUACUCAAAAAAAUAAGGGGUUGGACCUCGGGGCAGAGCUUUACAUAAUAAUGGCUGGAUGAAGGAACGGGGAAUCACGUGAUAACCAAAACGUUCCAAGAGCCCAUUUUAAUGGGCUUUACGUGGAAGCUUUACCCAAAAGGAGUACCUUCACGAGCUAAAAUGUUUGAAAUGGUAGGAAAUUUUGUAACUUCGGUAAUUUACAUUAAAAGAUAUUUUAAACAGAUGUGCCUUUAUUGUAUGCUUAAUGUUAAGGGCUUAAUGGCUUAAAAAGUGAAGUAGUCGUACCAUUUUUCAGGGUAGGCAGGAAAGGAAUGUAUACGAAAGAGGUACCUUUUCUGUCAAAAAUGAUGUAUAAAAGGGGUUGGACCUCACUGUGGAGCCUCCCUGUAAACUCAUGAAGCUAAGAAACCUAUAUAUUCUACUAAAACAUUUUCUUUUAUUCCAAUAGACCUCCUUCGCUUGUAUGUUUUGCUUUGCCAAUACAGGUCAUGUCUAACGGUCAAAUUCCCCUGGGACCUCUUUUGGGAAACCAAAACAUACAAGCUAUAAAGAGGUCUUUUGACACUCUCUAAUAAUUGACUGGAGCUCUACUAAGCAUUGAAUGGUUUUUUUUUUCUCCAUUCAUAACAGAUAUGAGCUGAUUACUGACUGUUGGAACGAAGACCCUUACACUCGUCCCAGUUUCUACCGUUUGAUCGAAAAACUGGAGGCGAUAAUGGAAAGAGAUGCACCAUAUUUGAAUGUAAACAAACACAAUGAAUAUCAUCCGUAUUACAACGUGCCUCCUGAAGCUAGUGCUGAUUAA